AUGGAUAGCAAGAAUAUACAGAAAAAUGCCAUGCACAAGACUGCGGAGUUUACUUUCACACCACCACCCGAAGCACCUGUUUUUGAGCCUACGCCAGAAGAAUUUGCAGACCCUUUAGGAUAUAUAGCGAAAAUACGUCCCGUGGCCGAAAAAACGGGGAUUUGUAAAAUAAAGCCUCCAUCUGGCUGGCAGCCACCUUUUUCAUUAGACGUGGAUAAGCUUAAAUUUGUUCCACGCAUACAAAAAGUUAACGAAUUAGAGGCGAUAACGCGACUGAAACUUUUAUUUCUUGAAAAAAUUCUUAAGUUUUGGGAGCUGCAGGGUUCGCCUCUUAAAAUUCCGAUGAUUGAAAAUAAAACACUGGAUUUGUAUUGCUUAAAAUUUUGGGUUGAUGAAGAAGGUGGUUUUGAGAAUUGUAAUUCUCCUAAAAAAUGGCGCAAGAUAGCGAGUGCUAUGGGUUAUAGUCAAAAUGCUAAUACGAUGAAUUUUCUUCGAGGUAAUUACGAGAAAAUCUUACUGCCGUAUGACAUAUUCGAAAAGAGUAAAGCCGAUAUCUUAAAAGCAGUGAAAAAAUCUGAACCUAAAACUGAUCCAAACAAUGACGUAGAUCCAGAUAAGCCUUUAAUUAAAGAAGUGUCAAUAGAGUCUAUAAAAAGUGCCAAGGAAGAAUAUAUUAAAGAUGAGAAACCACAUACAAGCAUUAAAAAAACAAAAACUGGUUCAGAUAUAAAGCCUGAUAGUGAAGACACAAAAAACAGUGAAGCUGUGAAGCGCAAUAGGGAGUUAAGAAGGUUAGCUUGUUUCGGGCCUGGACCAAAAAUGCCUGGGUUGAAUGAUGAGGAGUUUGAUAUCACAAAAUGUAGAAAAAGGCCUAGGUAUGAUUUAGAUCCUUUGGCUGAUUAUGUAUGUGCUAUUUGCCAAAAAGAUAACAGAGAUGACUUACUUCUUAUAUGUAAUGGAUGUUCUGAUACAUACCAUACAUUCUGCCUAAAACCGCCAUUAAAUGUGGUACCGGAUGGCGAUUGGCGCUGUCCGCGUUGCAUAGCAGAAGUAGUGCACAAACCUGCUGAAGCGUUUGGAUUUGCUCAAGCAGAGAGGGAAUAUUCUCUUCAACAGUUUGGUGAAAUGGCAGACAAAUUCAAAUCUGAUUAUUUUGGAAUGUUGGGUCAUUUAGUACCAACAAAUGUGGCCGAAAAAGAAUUCUGGAGGAUAAUAUCAUCUGUAGAAGAAGAUGUAACGGUUGAAUAUGGAGCAGAUUUACAUUCAAUGGAUCAUGGGUCUGGAUUUCCUACUAAGUCAUCUAUUAAUCUAUUUCGUGAUGACCAAGAAUAUGUAGAUUCUGGCUGGAACUUAAACAAUCUUCCUGUGUUAGAUGGUUCAGUUCUAAGAUUUAUUAAUGCAGAUAUAUCCGGUAUGACUGUACCAUGGAUGUACGUUGGGAUGUGCUUUUCAGCAUUUUGUUGGCACAAUGAAGACCAUUGGAGUUAUUCUAUUAAUUAUUUACAUUGGGGUGAACCAAAAACUUGGUAUGGAGUACCAGGCAAAGGUGCAGAACUUCUAGAAAAUGCUAUGAAAGCAGCAGCACCUGAUUUAUUUAAAACACAACCUGAUUUACUACACCAAUUAGUUACUAUUAUGAAUCCCAAUAUUCUUAUGGCAGCUGGAGUGCCAAUAUACCGGACAGAUCAAAAUGCUGGUGAAUUUGUAGUCACAUUUCCUAGAGCAUACCAUGCAGGGUUUAAUCAAGGUUACAACUUUGCUGAAGCUGUUAACUUUGCUCCUCCUGAUUGGCUUAAAAUAGGUAGAGAAUGUAUAAGUCAUUAUAAAAAUCUUAAAAGGUUUUGUGUCUUUUCCCAUGAUGAAUUAAUAUGUAAAAUGGCAUUAGAUGGUGAUAGAUUAGAUUUGGAAACUGCACUAGAAACACAAAAAGAACUAAUAAAUGCAACAGAGGAAGAGACAUGUUUAAGAACAUUGGUUGCAAAAAAGGGUUUGAAAAAUGUAAAAAGAACGCCAUUUGAAUUGCUCGGUGAUGAUGAAAGGCUUUGUGAAGUGUGUAAGACUACAUGCUUUUUGUCAUCUGUUUCAUGUGAAGAGUGUAAGCAUAUGGCUUGUCUACAACAUGCAGAUGAACUGUGCAAAUGUGCUUUUAAUAAAAAGACAUUAUUUUAUCGGUAUGACAUGGAUGAGUUACACAUAAUGCUGCAGACUAUUGAUUUUAGAGUAAACAGCUUUGACAAAUGGAUGACUGAAACAAAGAAUAUUCUCUUACCAACAGCUCCCGAUUUGGGAAGGUUGCAGAAACUUAAAGGCUUAGUGGACGAAGCUGAAGAAUUAAAAAUACCAAAGUGUACAUUGUUAUCUCAUCUAAAAGAAGAAUAUACUAAGGCUACGAAAAACGUGGAGCCUAUUGUAAUUGAACUAGAUGAUGAUUAA